AUGCAAACUGGCAGAUUUUGUUUCAAACAGCUAGACUUAAAUUACGAGGUAGUAAUUACCAUUCGGUUUUCGUGGGCGCACCUAAUGGAAAACAUAGGGGCGUCGAAGAUAGUAUUAAUCCUUAGUGGAAUUUCCAGAGAUCAAUUGAUUGUGGGAAGACUAAAAAAGUUUGUCCAAAGCAAGGAAAGACUGAAGAAGUCAUUUUGUGAGGUAGACCUGAUAUUUAUGCCAUCGAGAACUCUAUCGGCUUUUCUCCCAUUCUCUCAUAAGUGGUAUUCUGGGUUUCCCGGAGAAGGACUACGCGUUUUGCAGCUUGGAAAUUCAUUCGUGGUAAAAUCUAAUAAGCCCGAAGAAUGUGCUGAUCCUUUUGUAAGUAGAAACAACUGGUAUAAUGCGACAAGCUGA